UAAUCCCCUGUGUUGUAAUUUGUAAACCGUAAACUCAAGACGUCAUACCAAAAUAGCAUCAAAGAUGAGUUAUUUUUAAUACAUAUUUCUUAAAAAAUAUUUUAAAGCAUUAAAUAGUAAUAUUUACCAUGGAGAUUUGGACCUCAAUAUUAAACAAAUAUUUCUAAAAGUAUUGCUAUAAUAUAGACACAGUUUCAGCAGUUUACAUAAAUUAUGAUUUUAUUAAGGCAAACGUUAAAAUAUUCUCGAAUAGGAAGCAAGGUAAUUUCGAGAACUACCAAAGUGUGGGCUACGUUUAUUAAUAAUGGUGCAUCUAGAGAUGACAACCGUUUUACCAUACUGUCACACAUUGUGUAUAAAUGAUCUGCCGAAUGAAUUACUUAUUUACAUAUUUUCAAUGAUCGAUUUUGAAUCCCUGCUGGCCGUAGCUAAGGUGUGCAUGAGAUGGCAACAAUUAUGCAUGACUCCAUGUAUCUGGGAUAACACACGCCUCAUUGUCUGUAUGAAGAACUAUGUCAGAAUAAGCGACAGUAUUGUGCCUUUUGUGGCCAAGUAUUUAAAAAAUGUUAAAUUACAGUAUUUCAAAUUGUAUUCUCAAGUCCGGGCUUCCUUAAUCAGCUACUGCCCCAAUUUGACUCACCUAGAAAUAAGCAUUUCACAAGUUGACAGUUGCAUAUUCGAUGAUCUAGGAUACUGGCCUAAUUUGAAAUUUCUCAGCUUUAGAAACUCAUUGAUAGUGCAAAGUAAUGAGAAUGCAAAUGGUAAUUUUGUUUAUCAUUUACCAUUUGAGAAAUUGAAGUACCUUGAAACCCUUAUACUGUCUAAUUUUGCAUUAACCCACAACAGCCUAUACAGUAUGCUACAAUGUGUUAAUUUGGUCAGCAUUAACAUGGAAAAAAUGAAGAACAUACCAUCAGACUUUCUGGACUCUCUGUUAAGAACUAAACAGAGCAGUUUGAGGGCUUUGCACAUUUACGGGGAUACACUCAAUGAUGAUAUAAUAUCUUCAAUAUCGAAAUGCAAAACACUUCAAGUCUUACACAUAAUGACUUGUAAAACUCUGUUUGAUUCUAGUCUAUUGCAUCUAUACAAAUUGAAAAAUCUGAGGUCCCUGAAAUUACGUCACGGAUACUUUUCAACUAAUGCUCUCCUCGCAUACUUUUCCAACAACAUCUUUCAACAAUUGACCUACCUAAGUCUGUCUAGAUGUCACCAUGUUACUAUGCAGGUAGCUAAAGUUAUCAAAACAUGUGCACCAAAUCUGAAAGAACUAUCCUUCUACCUGUGCCCAUUCAUUAUUGCACCUGAUUUUAAGAGGGGGGAGUUACAGAAAAUGUUCAAUAUAGAAUUACUGCUAGACUAGAAACGGUUGAAAAUUUUAACAUUUGCAGCUUAGAUAUCCGUCCAUCUGACUUUAUAUUAAAUAUAAAUGAUUCAAAGAACAGUCAAUUAUUUAUUUUUUGAAAUAAUAAAAACAAUGAAAUUGCAUAUUCAAAUACACAAAUUAGUUCAUUUGGUAUUUUUUAAUAAGGUUUUUGAUUAAAUUGUAAUGUUUAAAAUUUAAUGCAAAUUAAUUCAUAAUUAAAAUGUAAGAUGUAUUUGGUAAGUGCAUGCUUGUUUAUCAAAAUUGUAUGUUAUAUGGAAAUACUAACAUAAAUUUAAUGAAAGGUAUUUUAAAUUUCAAGUAUUAUAAAAAUGUGAGUAAUAAAUUUAUUUUAGCAUAGUUAUAUUGUCAGUGUAUAUACAUAUAGUAUUGUAAAAUAUAUAUUUCUCAAAGAUAAUGCACAUCACAGGAUCAUAACCAGUAUAGAUGUAUAUAUGUAUCACUUAAAAGAAAAGUGCCUUAUGACAAAAUAUAUUCAUAUUUCUCAUGUUUCUGUGAUGGAAUCGUUAUCAGAUAUAAUAAAAUUUUAAUGUGCCUUACAAAGGAUUUAGAAAAGUAUUUGAAAAAUUUGUAUGCUAUAUUUGUUUUGACUUAAAAAAUUAGUAAAGUAUUGUACUUUAUUAAGUUAUGUUAUUAAACCCACUCGAAUUCAGAAUAGGUAUUACAUAUAUUAUAGCAUAUGCUUAUUUAAUUUUAUCUAAGAGCCCACAGUGUUUCGGAUGCAACAAUUCUGAGAAUUGACCUCAAAAUAUUUAUCUAUAUAGAUUUAGCAUCAAUGAAAUUUAAUUUUAAUGUUUGAUGAAGGAAAUUAACUAUAGUGUUUGUAACAUCUCGUGUGACAGCAAUUAAUUGUAUUGUUAUUUGUUUGUACUGAUAAUACACACUUUGUAAUUAAAAUAUAA